CUCGAUAAGCAAGCACGUCAACUCUUGGCUGUUCUGACCUUCAUGAAGAGCCGAUUGGAUCACCUGGCCGUCAUGGAGAUAACCUUCUCUCCGGGUGAAGGAGGGGUGUGGAGAAAGCACGUCAUCAUGAGACGAAAGAGCUCCGUAGGCGGAGAGGAGGACGGAUCAAGGAGCUUCAGGAUACGAAUUGCGCGAUUUCGAUGUCCGUGACGUGAUCCAAGCUUAUCCCUUUCACAUGGAGGGGAUGGAAAGAUAGAUGUCGACAUGAGUUUGGGUAUUACAUAAGACGCUCGAUGACCCGAUCCCAUUGGUAUGCAUCAGUAGAGACAGAGAUUGCAAUUGCAGUGCACUUCAAAAACUCCAUUCGUCAUGUCGGACAUCAUCGAAACCGCCAUUGCUCAUCCCUCAUCUGGGAAGCACGUUGACGAGAAGGCCGCUGCCUUUCCCCCGUCAAUCACCUCUGUCAACUCUGAUCCCGCCUUCGAGAAGCGUCUCCUCCGCAAACUCGACCUCAAAAUCCUCCCCAUCGUCACCCUCCUCUACUUACUCUCCUUCCUCGACCGCUCUAAUAUCGGAAAUGCGAAGCUGGACGGUCUGACGACUGACAUUGGGAUGAGCGGAGACGCUUACCUCUGGACGCUGACGCUGUACUUCAUCGGCUAUGUCAUAUUCGAGGUACCGUCCAACAUCGUACUCAAGAAGACCACUCCCCGGAUCUGGUUACCCCUUAUCAUGUUCGUCUGGGGCAUCGUCUCCGUCCUCAUGGGUCUCGUUUCCUCCGGUGCCGGCCUCCUCGCCGCUCGCUUUUUCCUUGGAGUAACCGAAGCUGGUUUAUUUCCCGGUGUGGUGUACUACCUCUCCCGAUGGUACCAACGCGAAGAACGCGUCUACCGCGUCUCGCUGUUCUUCUCUGCUGCAGCAACAGCAGGAGCCUUCGGUGGUAUCCUUGCCUACGGAAUUGGCAAGAUGGACGGUGUAGGCGGAAAACCUGGAUGGUCCUGGAUCUUCAUCAUCGAAGGUCUCCUCACUAUCGUCGUGUCCGUCCUCGCUCCGAUCUGGUUGGUAAACUACCCUGACACCGCAACCUUCCUCUCCGAAGACGAAAAACGACUCCUCACUGCUCGUCUCUCAUCCGACUCCGAUGCCGUGUCUCAGGAAUCAUUUUCCUGGGACGGUGUUCGCCAGGCGCUCAAAGACCCCGCGGUAUACCUCUACGGCAUCAACUUCAUGGGAAUGUCACUCCCGCUCUACACUCUCUCGCUCUUCCUCCCAACGAUCAUCAAAGACCUCGGCUACACCGCCGCCCAAGCACAACUCCUCACUGUACCGCCCUACGCAAUCGCCUCUGUCCUCACCCUCAUCAUCGCCGCGCUGUCUUUCCGCGUCUCGUCACGCGCACCGUUCAUCAUAGGAUCUGCCGCUGUCGCGAUCGUAGGCUACAUCAUCCUCUUGGCAUCGCACACACCCGGUGUACAGUACUUCGGCACAAUCGUCGCCGCCGCGGGAAUUUACCCUGCGACCGCCAUCGUCCUCUCCUGGCCUUCGAUGAAUGUCAGUGGACAGGUUAAGCGCGCUACGGCAUGUGCUAUGCAAAUCACGAUCGGCAACACGGGUGCAAUUAUCGGGACGCAGAUGUACCGUCCAAGUGGAUCUCCGAGGUUUUAUCUCGGACAUGGGAUGGCGGUUGGAUAUCUUGUCAUCGCGAUCGUGAGUGUUGCUGUGGUCUGGUGGUGGUGUUUGAAGGAGAACCGGGCGAAGGAGGAUGGUAGGAGGGAUUAUCUGCUGCAAGGCUUCGCGAAGGCUGAGCAGGGUGACGUGGAGGCGAGGAGGGUGUUGGGUGACAGGCAUCCCGCAUGGGCUUUUAAGACGUAA